AUGGAAGGAGAAAACACAUUGAUUGAAGAUGUACCUAUAUUGGAAAUGGAGGAGGAGGACCAAUAUGAUGGAUCUGAUCUAGAUGAUUCAGAACAUGAAGGCAAAUCUGAUUACACUUCCAGUGAUUCCGAUAGCAACAGUGAUUCCGAUAGCAACACAGAGACUACAAAUAAAACAAGGAAGAGGGGAUUGACUCGAUUGCCAAAGUUACGGACCGAACAUACAAAUUCUGGUGGAAGAAAAAAACGUGUAAAGUUUGAUGAAUUUGGAAGGUUUGCAGGGAAGUAUAGAUCACAACUACUUAGUUAUCUGGGAGACCUAGUACGGGAAAGGGUAGGAGUUAGUGUUUUCAACUGGAAGAAGGUAACAAAAGAAGUCAAGGAAAAACUAUGGGAAGAGAUAACGGUAAAUAAUAAAGUACUUGCCAAAGAUGAAAUACCACCCCGGUCAUUAAUGUGGUGUAAAGGACGUGAAAACAAAGCAGGCGAAAUAGAAGAUGCUAAUGUAAAACUCAUGGCAGAAAAACUAGUGGAACAUGAAAAACAAAUUAAAGAUGGAGAUGUGAAGCUUGAUCCUGGGAUGGAUGCCAUGUCAUUAGUCUUUGGCAAGGAUAAUGGUGGAUUCUUAAAAGGGGUUGGCACAGGUGUGACUGCUAGUAGAUAUUUCAAUAUUCCUAGAACCAAAGGAUCUUCAAAAGAACAAAUUGCGGACCUAAAGUUUGAACUACAGAAUGAGAGACUUGAGCUCCAGAAAAAAGAUGAAGAACUUAAAGCGUUGUCAACAAAGGUGAGAGAACAAGAUAAAACACUAAAGCUAGUUUUAGCUCAUCUUGAAUCACAAGGAACAAUGAUACCAAAUCUAACAUCUCAUCCGAAUCAGUCUCCAACACAAGUCUUUUCAGUGGACAAGAAUGUUGAAUCUCAUGGUACUCCUGUUACUAAUACUAUCAUAGAGAAAACACCUAUCACAGAUAAAGCAUUGACAAAUGAACCAGUUACACGAGUAAUAACAAAAACCGGCAAAAUAACCGUUGAAUCUAAGAGUGUGACUACAAAUUCACGUCCAAAAACAAAAGAUACUCAUUCACCAAAACUCCCACAGACAAUGAAGACAACGAAGUGCAUUCUACAAUAUCCAGAUAAUAGAAGCAACGUUGCUUAUGGUACAGUUUACAUUUCUUCAGAAAGACAAGCCAUUCAUGGAGUUCCACUUCAAGACGACUGCUAUAAAGUAUCAAUUGAUGAAGUGAUAAAGGGAGCUGCAUUUUUACCAUAUCAAAACGGUGAUAUCAAAACAGUUGAGGAGGCACAUAAAACUUUUGUUGCAUGGCCCAAAUACCUUGUCAAAUGUGACAAAAAAUUGAAGGAUGCUUCUCCAGAUGGAAGUGGUGAGGGCAGGGGGCUUGAACCAAGGUCAUCUGGACAAAAUGUUGGUGGGCCUCCUAGUUAUGAAGAUGCUGUGAGUGACGGUCAUAGCCCUGUUGAUACCAAGAGCAACUGCUCCACCACCACCAGCUGCCGCACGCCAGCCACACCACCUCCAGUUACCACUACGCCGCCACCACCUGCAGUGACAGUCAACAAUGAAAACGAUGGGUUUGACUUUUUUGAUCCCCGUGGUGUUGUUCCUGCUCCUGCCCUUGCGUUUGCCCUGCAAGGAUCAGGUGGUGGAGAGAUGGAGGAUUUGUUUGGUUCUCUAUCAGAGUCUUUCUCUUCUUCAAAUGCUUUGGCUGUUGUAACAUCUACUUCAUCUAUAACCACUGAAGUUCAUCCUCCAGCAAAUACUAAUCCUUAUCUCACCUUCGAUACCUCAUCGACAAGUCGGGCAUUUGAUGAUCCGUUUGGUGAUGGUCCUUUCAAAGCUGGUCAGGGGGAUUUGGGGAUACUUUUGAUUUUGAUUCAACUGUUGACAUUUUUAGCUGAUAUAUUGCCUCCACCUGGACCCUCGCAAAUUGCUUUUCCUUCUCAAAAUGGUCAAGCAUCUAGUCUUUCAGCAGAAGCAGCCUAUGCCACAGUUAGCUUUUCCACCUCAAGGUGUCCAGCAGCAGCAACCUAUGCCACAGUUAGCUUUUCAACUUCUAGGUGGACACCAAUCUAUGCCACAAUCAGCUUCUCAACUUCCAGGUGUCCAGCAGCAGCAGUAGUUGCCACAGUCAGCUUUUCAACUUCCAUGUGGCCACCAGUCAGCUUUUCAAAGUCUAAGUGUUCAGCAGUCUAUGCCACAGUUAGCAGCUUUACAAUUCCAAGGAGGCCAACAGUGUAUGCCAUAGUCAGCAGCUUUUCAACUUCCAUAUAUGCAUUAGGUCACAUUUUGUGCAAUGUAUACGUCUUGAUUCAUCAGAAAAGUAAUCACUAG